AUGUUAAUGCACAGUGAGAGUCUGGAGGAGCAGGCGGAGGUGGACAAACACCUGACCGUGUUCGAGGGCUCUUCCCCGGAGGAUGUGUCGCACGCCCGGCGGCUCUGGAGCUCUCUGUCUCUGCUCCCCCCGCAGGAGUCCCGUCUGGUGUCGUCCGAUAUCCGCCAGAGACUCCCCGUGUCCCGGCCCCAGCAAAGAAAAAACACCGGUACCGCCAUUACCGGACCGAGCAGUGUGUCCGACCGAGAGCCGCCCAUCCUGGUCACUGCGCGGGAGAAGGAGCGGCGGGAGGAGCGGCGGAGGUACGAGGCCAUGGCGGAGAACCGGAGGCAAAUUCUGGGGUUGUUGAAAAAGCAGCGGGAGCAGAGGAUCCAGAAAGAACUACUGUCCUUGGACUAUAAACCAAAACCAAAACAACAGACAGAGGAAAUGAACCAGAGCAAGAACAGACGCGAGUGUGAGGGCGACCGAGAGCUGGUCCAACAACUGCACUGA